CUCGCCAUCACAUUAUUCAUCAAAUCUUUUCUUUUGUUUAUUAAAAAAAAAAAAAACAAAGCUAAUUAGAAUAUAUCACCAAAAUGGCCACCCUGAAUGCACCUGACCAUGCUGAUCCUUUUGCUGAUGCAGAGGCCCUCAGGAAAGCUUGCCAAGGAUGGGGAACAAACGAGAAGGGAAUAAUAGAAGUGAUUGGUCACCGAAGUGCAGCCCAGAGAAAACUGAUCAAGGAAGCUUAUGAGCAACAAUAUAAUGAAAAUCUUAUUAGACGCUUUGAGAAAGAGCUUUCUGGGGAUUUUGAGAGGGCUGUUUACCGAUGGAUGUUGGACCCCUUGGAUCGGGAGGCUGUUCUUGCAAAUGUUGCUCUCAAGAAGUUGGAUUAUCGAGUGAUCAUCGAGCUCGCCUGCAUUCCAUCGGCAGAGGAACUGUUGGCCUUCAAACGGGCUUAUCAAGCUCGAUACAAGCACAGCUUGGAGGAAGAUAUUGCUUCUCAUUUCUCUGGUGAUAUGCGAAAGUUGUUGCUUCUGCUAGUGAGUGUUCAUAGGUAUGAAACUGAUGUUUCAGAGCCAAAACUGGUGGAAGCUGAGGCUGAAAUCCUGCAUAAGUGUAUCAAAGAUAAGGCUUAUAACCAUGAUGAGAUCACAAGGAUUCUUACUACAAGGAGCAAGGCUCAGCUCACUGCUACCUUUUACAGGUUUAGAGAUGUCUAUAGCACUCCCAUCACUAAGAGCUUGGCUUCCGAUCAGGAUAAGGACAUUGUUGGAGCGCUUCAAACUACCAUCCGAUGCAUCAAGUCUCCUCAAAAGUACCUAGAACGGGUUUUAAGUGAUGCAAUCAAGAAGCGGGGAACUGACGAGGAUGCAUUGACAAGGGUGAUAGUGACAAGAGCUGAGAAAGACUUGGGGGAGAUCAAGGAGUUGUUCUACAAGAGGAAUAGUGUGACUUUGGAGCAUGCUGUGGCUAAGGAGACUCGUGGAGAUUAUGAGAACUUCCUCCUUACUCUGCUAGGGAAAGAGAACUAAUUAAGCUAAAGAUACAAAGACACUAUCAAACUACCUAAUAAAAUCAUUUUAUGUCAUGUUUUAGCUGUUUUUGUGCUUAUUUCAGUUGAGCACAAUGUAGUGAGAUGCUCAAAAAGGCUUUAUAUGUGUUGUUGAGGCUUUUGAUAUAUGGAUGGAUUAUCCUUUCGUGUUGGUUUUUUAUGGAACAAAAUACUAAUCGAUCUUUGAUUUGGACAAUCGUUAAAUUAUGCAAUGACAUUUUAUAUCAAGGAUUAAUUGAAAACAA